CUUCAAAACCAGCCCAAAAACAAGUGCAAGAAAAAUAAAAAUCCAGUUGUUGUGAGACAAGCUUUGUGAGUGAGAGUAUUGUGAAAUGGAUGAGACAAUAACACAGAUUCUGAUACCUUUGGCUGCCUUGGUGGGGAUUGGGUUUGCUUUGGUUCAGUGGAUUUUGGUAUCAAAGGUUAAGGUUUCAAGUGGGUCUGAGCCUGCGAUGUUGGACAUCAAUGGAAACAAGGGUGCCUUGCUUGGAGAAGAUGACGAAGAAGAGGGUAUUGACUCUUAUGAAGCUGUCCACAAGUGUGCUGAGAUUCAGAAUGCUAUCUCUCUUGGUGCAACAUCAUUUCUCUUUACUCAAUACAAGUACUUAGGCAUCUUCACAGUAGUAUUUAGUGCAAUCAUCUUCCUCUUCCUUGGUUCAGUCAACGGUUUCAGCACCAAAAGCGAACCUUGCACUUACAAUCAAGGCAACCUCUGCAAACCGGCCCUUGCCAACGCCAUCUUUACCACAAUCGCCUUCUUGCUUGGCGCUCUCACUUCUGUUCUCUCCGGCUUUCUAGGGAUGAAAAUUGCAACAUUUGCUAAUGCUCGAACUACUUUAGAAGCAAGGAAAGGUGUUGGGAAGGCAUUUAUAACUGCUUUUCGCUCUGGCGCGGUGAUGGGAUUCCUUCUAGCUGCCAAUGGGCUUUUGGUUCUUUAUGUCACUAUCAAUCUGUUUAAAUUGUACUAUGGAGAUGAUUGGGAGGGACUUUAUGAGUCUAUUACCGGUUAUGGUCUCGGGGGUUCUUCAAUGGCGCUCUUUGGAAGAGUUGGAGGUGGUAUAUACACAAAAGCGGCUGAUGUUGGUGCUGACCUUGUCGGAAAAGUUGAGCGAAAUAUUCCAGAAGAUGAUCCGCGUAACCCUGCCGUAAUUGCAGAUAAUGUAGGUGACAAUGUAGGAGACAUUGCCGGGAUGGGCUCAGACCUUUUUGGCUCGUAUGCAGAAUCAUCCUGCGCCGCUCUAUUCGUUGCAUCUAUAUCAUCCUUUGGCACCACUCAUGAUUACUCAGCCAUGUCUUAUCCUCUUAUUAUAAGCUCCACAGGGAUUGUGGUUUGCUUGUUAACAACGCUUUUCGCAACUGACUUGUCUGAGAUUAAGAAUGUGACUGAGAUUGAACCGUCCUUGAAGGGACAACUUUUAAUCUCAACCGUCCUCAUGACUGCCGGGAUUGCCAGUGUGACCUUUUUUGCUUUGCCCUCAGAGUUCACUCUCUAUGACUUUGGGACCGAGAAGGCUGUGAAAAACUGGCACCUGUUUGUCUGUGUGUCCAUUGGCUUGUGGGCUGGCCUUGUGAUUGGAUAUACUACUGAGUAUUACACUAGCAAUGCUUAUGGUCCAGUGCAAGACGUGGCAGAUUCAUGCAGGACUGGUGCGGCAACAAAUGUGAUCUUUGGAUUGGCACUGGGAUACAAAUCUGUCAUUAUUCCCAUUUUUGCCAUAGCUUUUGCUAUCUAUGUGAGCUUUAGUUUAGCUGCUAUGUAUGGAAUUGCAAUGGCUGCUCUUGGGAUGCUUAGUACUAUUGCCACGGGGCUGGCAAUCGAUGCUUAUGGCCCCAUAAGCGACAAUGCAGGUGGUAUUGCAGAAAUGGCUGGAAUGAGCCACAAAAUACGAGAAAGAACUGAUGCUUUGGAUGCUGCCGGAAACACAACAGCUGCAAUUGGCAAGGGUUUUGCAAUUGGAUCAGCUGCCCUUGUCUCUCUUGCUUUGUUUGGCGCUUUUGUGAGCAGAGCUGGAGUCAAGAUUGUUGAUCUCUUGACUCCAAAGGUCUUCAUCGGAUUGCUUGUUGGUGCCAUGUUGCCAUACUGGUUUUCAGCAAUGACGAUGAAGAGCGUUGGAAGUGCAGCCUUGAAAAUGGUUGAAGAGGUUCGCCGACAAUUUAAUGAUAUUCCAGGGCUUAUGGAAGGAACAGCAAAACCGGACUACGCAACUUGUGUCAAGAUUUCCACUGAUGCUUCGCUCAAGGAGAUGAUCCCACCUGGCGCUCUGGUCAUGCUUACACCAUUGAUUGCCGGAACUUUGUUUGGGGUGGAAACACUUGCUGGUGUGUUGGCUGGUUCACUUGUUUCUGGUGUGCAGGUUGCUAUUUCAGCCUCUAACACAGGCGGUGCGUGGGAUAAUGCAAAAAAGUACAUAGAGGCUGGUGCUACUGAACACGCUCGUAUGCUGGGCCCAAAGGGGUCAGAUGCUCACAAGGCUGCGGUGAUAGGUGACACUGUUGGAGACCCUUUAAAGGACACUUCUGGUCCAUCACUCAAUAUCUUAAUCAAACUCAUGGCUGUUGAGUCAUUGGUGUUUGCUCCAUUCUUUGCCACUCAUGGAGGAUUGUUGUUCAAAUUGCUCUGAUGUAUCUGAGUUAUUACUCAGCCAAGCAUAUAUAUGUAUAUAUAUAUGUCAAUGGAAAAGGAUAUGGAUGUGUUAAAUUUGUGGAUUAAUAAUGUGGCUUGCCAAGCUUUUUAAUGUAUAUUAUGGUUUUAAAUGGAUGUAAUUAGAAUGACUGAAGCGAAAAUGAUGUGGUUUUUAGAUGUUGCUUUCAAAAUUUUGUACUAAGUUUUACAUUUGUAUAUGAUGUGCAGGUUCCUGAUGUUUCUUUGUUGGAACUAUAAAAUGUAUUAUGAAUUUAACAAGCUCUCGAGUUGUA